CCCCGUAACUUCUAAAAUAACAGAAUGAAAAAUCAAAAAAAAUAAAUAUGAUAUACAUUGCCAUGCAAACUUCCACCGAAAAUUGGUUUGAACGAGAUCUAGUAAGUAGUUUUUUUUUAAUACGUCAUAAAAUUUAAAAAAAAAUUUUUUUUUCAUCAGACCCAUACGUGUGGGGUAUCUAUGAAUAGGUCUUCAAAAAUGAUAUUUAGGUUUCUAAUAUCAUUUUUUUCUAAACUGAAUAGUUUGCACGAGAGACACUUCCAAAGUGAAAAAAAGUGUGUCCCCCCCCCCCCCCUGUAACUUCUAAAAUAACGGAAUGAAAAUCUAAAAAAAAUAUAUGAUAUACAAUACCAUGCAAACUUCCAACGAAAAUUGGUUUGAACCAGAUCUAGUAAGUAGUUUUUUUAAUACGUCAUAAAUGGUACGGAACCCUUCAUGGGCGAGUCCGACUCGCACUUGGCCGCUUUUUAGGGUUCCGUAGCCAAAUGGCAAAAAACGGAACCCUUAUAGAUUCGUCAUGUCCGUCUGUCUGUCCGAUUAUGUCACAGCCACUUUUUUCCGAAACUAUAAGAGCUAUACUGUUCAAACUUGGUAAGUAGAUGUAUUCUAUGAACCGCAUUAAGAUGUUUACACAAAAAUAGAAAAAAACCAAUAAAUUUUGGGGGUUCCCCAUACUUAGAACUGAAACUCAAAAAAUCUUUUUUCAUCAAACCCAUACGUGUGGGGUAUCUAUGGAUAGGUCUUUAAAAAUGAUAUUGAGGUUUCUAAUAUCAUUUUUUUCUAAACUGAAUAGUUUGCGCGAGAGACACUUCCAAAGUGGAAAAAUGUGUCCCCCCCCACCCCUGUAACUUCUAAAAUAACGGAAUGAAAAAUCUAAAAAAAAUAUAUGAUAUACAUUACCAUGCAAACUUCCAACGAAAAUUGGUUUGAACCAGAUCUAGUAAGUAGUUUUUUUAAUACGUCAUAAAUGGUACGGAACCCUUCAUGGGCGAGUCCGACUCGCAGUUGGCCGCUUUUUUUAUAUCCGUCUCACGUGAACAUAAGAAGACCAUUUCAUGAAUUGGUAGGCAAGUAAUUAAAACAUUUAAUAUUAAACAAAUAUCUCCAUAGUUAGGGGCGUAAACAGUGAAUUGUAAUACAUUUAGGUACAUAAUUGAGAGGCUUUUAAAUAAGAGUCCAAAUGAAUGUAACAAUAUUGUUAUGUCGGGUGUGUUUGCCAUUUCACAAAGUUAAUUGAGCAACAUGCAGUUGGCAAUAAAAAUGUGCAGUACGUGUAUAUUGUGAUUCGUUUACGUAAUGGGGAAACGAGUGUCCGAGAGCGAGUGUAGUGGUGCGUGUAAGUGGUCUAGAUAGCCCCUCCCCUCCCCCUGCCGGCUGCGAGAGAGACCUUUCUCCGCUAGCCUGCCAGUGACACAGUGACCGUGUUACCGCAGGGCCUAUGCCAUGCACCAGUACGGUGUCGUCGUGCCGCUACUGGCCGUGUUGUGUCUGAUACCACCGUUACAAGCGCAAACCACAAGCGCCGACUCGAAUCUGUCGUUUGCUGAAAACGUCUACAUUAAACUAUCCGGUGCAUGUAGAGCAAUUAUGGAUCUUCGGUACAGUUCGAUGAAUGUGAAUAAUGAACUAGUUAAAACAAUGAAAAUUGUUUGGCUCAAUGGGAACGAGAUGAAGACAUAUCCAAUCGAUCAAUCGUUCAAAGCCUUGACAACGGGUUUAAUGUUUGAUAUCACUAAACAGACCAAAGUAAUCAUCCACGGCUAUAGAGAUAGCUCCCAGUCUCAAGUGCCACUAGACAUGGCUAGAGCGUACAAUGAAAAAGCUAUGUUUAAUGUUAUAAUGGUCGACGCAGAAGAACUGAUUAAUAAGGGUUAUAUAUUUUCUGUACACAACUCUCGUUUGGUUGGAAAACGGCUCGCUAAUCUUUUGGCCAAUUUGGAAAAGUUCGGAGCUAAUUCGGAGGAUUUUCAUCUUCUCGGCAUCAGUCUCGGGGCGCACAUCGCCGGAUGGGCGGGGAAGUAUUUUCGACGGUACAAAGGCCGUAAUUUGGGCCGCAUUACUGGAUUAGAUCCAGCCGGCCCGUGCUUCUCGUACGCUUAUGCUGACCAAAGAUUGGAUAAAUUAGACGCGAACUAUGUUGACGUGGUGCAUUCAAAUAGACUAGUACAAGGUGUAAUCGAACCGCUGGGUCACGCAGACUUUUAUGUUAAUGGCGGAGGCCCGAACCAACCAGGCUGUAUGUCACCGUCGUGCAGCCAUUUGCGCGCGGCUCAACUAUACACAGAAAGUAUCAGAAGCCCAAAAACUAUAGUUGGAGUUAAAUGUGUAAACUGGCAAUCUUUUAUAGUUAACAAAUGCGAGGAUAAUGAUUUUGCAGUGCUAGGUUACGGAUCAUCGUCCACAACUCGCGGUUUGUACUACCUGCGAACCUCCGCUAGUGCUCCCUUUGGACUCGGUAUGAGUGGAGCUAAAAAUGUAAAAGUGAAGGAAGAUACUUGGUUAGCAAGUUUAAAUUUAACAUAAUUUCGGGUGACUGGUGGUUCAGGUUUGUUAAAAUCUGCUGUAUGUUGUUGCCAUAUUGUUUUUAAAUGUUGAUUUAUCAAAAAAACUUUUUUAAUGCUAAGCCGAUAUUGUUUUAUUUAUACUUACUUUUGUUCAAACAUAUGAUUAGUAGUCAAACUAGGAUAAUUUAUCAUUAUCCCAAGUCUUCUUUCAACAUAAAUAACUCUAUACGUACAGAAAUGAAUAUUAACAAACAUCGUGAUCUUGCGUUACUUGCACGUUGAUUUAUUUUUAUCCGGCCGCAAUAAAUAAUCAUGUGAUAUAUUUUCUGAAUUGUAGCAAAACAUUGGCCUUCUUAGCGUAAGUAAUAAAUGUAAGUGCUUACGAUUCAAUAAAAGUCUAAUCAAGUGUUACAACAUAGUUUCGCAAUUUCGGAACUAAUCGUACCGUGACAAAUAAGGCUAUUUGUAACCCAGGACAAAUUAGAUAUUGCUUGAAUUGCUUAACAAGAUGUUUCCACGCUUGAAUGAGAGAUUAUCUGUUUAUUGUUUAAAAUAUGAAAUUUCCAAGUUAAGUUUUUAAAAUUAAUAGGAAUUAAAUACAAAUAAUACAAUUAAUUGGAUGUCCAGGAACCGUUUCUACUUAGUAAUACAAA